CUGAGGCGGGAACCGCUGUGGAUUGCACGAGUUCUUCGCGACUGGCACCGCGUGGUAGUCGCAGCAGUCCACAGCCCGCAGACUCUGGUCUGUCGGAGACAUAGUCUGUACCCCAGAAAGAGCACGUCGGGACCACUCCCGUAGUUGGUGCCGGCUAUGAACUGGGAGCAUCGUGCACGCCCGGAAGAAGGCAGGGGGGGCCAGGCCGCGCUGUGUCCUUAAGAAUGCGCUCUUGCUCUUAACAGAGACCGUGAGUAAGGUGGCCCCUAAUCCCAAGAGAAGCCCUUAGUCUGGGUGUUUAAUUGAGGCAGGAGAGAGAUGCAGAGGCCUCCAUGGCUGUGAUAAGCCUGCUCUUCUUGGCAGUGAUGUACGUUGUUCACCACCCCCUGAUGGUCAGUGACCGGAUGGACCUGGACACACUGGCCAGGAGCCGGCAGCUGGAGAAGCGAAUGAGCGAGGAGAUGCGGCAGCUAGAGAUAGAGUUUGAGGAGAGAAGGCGAGCCGCUGAGCAGAAGCAGAAAGCGGAGAACUUCUGGAGAGGAGACACAUCCACUGAUCAGCUCGUGCUGGGGAAGAAGGACAUGGGAUGGCCGUUCCAGGCCGGUGACCAAGAUGGGGGGCCUCUGCGCUGGAUGCUGGGGAACCUGUGGAACGCGGGCCUCUUUUGCCUUUUUCUCAUCUUUGAGCUCCUGCGACAGAACAUGCAGCACGAGCCAGCCUUCGACUCCAGCAGCGAGGAGGAAGAGGAAGAGAUCCGCAUCGUGCCUGCCGCCUCUUACGCCUGGCUCUCUGAUUUUCCCUCCCAGGAAGCCCUGGAGUCCUUUUACAAACAUUAUAUCCAAAAUGCCAUCCGCGACCUGCCCUGCACCUGUGAGUUUGUGGAGAGCUUUGUGGACGAUCUCAUUGAGGCCUGUCGGGUGCUCAGCCGGCAGGAGGCUCACCCGCAGCUGGAGGACUGCCAGGGCAUCGGAGCUGCCUUUGAGAAGUGGGGGACCCUCCACGAGACGCAGAAAUUUGGUGUCCUGGUGCCCAUUGCCCCUCCGCAGGGCACUAGGUUUAUCUUGGAGAUGAGAGAUCCGGCCCUGGGCCGCCGUUGCGGCUCUGUGAGGGUGGACUCGGGAUGCAGGUGCAAACAGGAGAAGCUCCUGGGGGAUGUGCUGUGUCUGGUGUGCCACCGCAGGGACCACUCAGCCAUCUUGAACGAGUGUAGCUCCAUCAAGGCGGCUCUCUGCACCGGCUCGCACCUGGACGUGUGUAAGACCGUGCAGUGGUUCCGCAACAUGGUGAGCAACGCCUGGGCCCUAGUGGCCCACAAAUACGACUUCAAGCUCACCCUCCCACCAUCUACCACCUCCUGCAAGCUCAGGUUGGAUUACCGCUCAGGCCGCUUCCUGUCUAUCAGUUUGGUUCUUGGGGUGCAACGGGAAGAUACCUUGGUCUACCUGGUGAGUCAGGCCCCGGAGCUAGAGCAGCUCACCAGCGUGGACUGGCCUGAGUCCUUCGCGGCUUGUGAGCACUUGUUUCUGAAGCUGGUGGGACGCUUUGCCCCUGAGAACACCUGCCACCUCAAGUGCCUGCAGAUCAUCUUGAGUCUUCAGGACCACAAGAGGUUGCCCCCGGGAGCGACCCGCCCCAUCCUUACCUCCUACCACUUCAAAACAGCCCUCAUGCACUUGCUGGUCCAACGGCCUCUGACGGACUGGCAGCACGGCAUGCUGUCCCGGCGGCUCCAGGACCUUCUCUGCUUCUUAGGCCAGGGCCUCCAGCAGAGGUCUCUCCAUCAUUUCCUCAUUGGCAACACCUUCCUGCCCCUGACCAUCCCGAUCCCUAAGACAUUCCGGAAUGCCGAGCCUGUCAAUCUUUUCCAACACCUGGUGCUGAAUCCAGUGGCGCACACACAGGCCAUGGAGGAAUUCCACAACCUUUUGGCCCAGGUGAAAACUCUGCCUUGCUCCCCACCGGAUGGAGGACUUUAAUGGAAAGGCCAUUAAAAAAAAAAAAAAAAAAAGGAGAAGUUCUUUCUGAUUCCUCGGGCUACGAAAGCUUAUUUCUCACACAGCCAGAGGUGUCUGUGACCUUCACCUUGCCUGUGGGGACCACGGGAGAGUAAGCCCUUCUUAGGAGCCUGUGAAGAAGGCCGCAGCCUAUGGAGCCUAGUCUGAGGGCUGGGAUGGCUGAUGUUUUUAGUCUCCUGACUUGAGUCAGGACCCAGAGAAAGUAAAAGUACAUGGAAGCAGCUGUCAUGGGAGGAGUUUGCUGCUGAGGAGAUCCUGUUCGGUUGUGUUUCUGCGUCACCACUGGCAGCACAAGCUCCAGAGAGAGCGCCAUCCUAGCUGGCUUCUUUCUGUGACUUGCUCCGCUGUCCCUUUGAAAGGCACUGUUAGCUUGAUUCCCAUCCAGCUUUCCUCCCUCGAACCAACAGACGCAGCGCAUACUUCAGGAUGGAGGUUUUCAUAACCUCCCUAGUGUGAAAUUAUAAAUAUGUCUUUUCUAUUUUUUUUUUUUUUUUUUUUUUUGAGACAGGGUCUCUCUACAUAGCCCUGGCUGACCUGGAACUUGCUCUGUAGGCCAGGCUGGUCUUGAACUUGGAAAUCUGCCUGUCUCUGCUUCCCACAUGCAGGGAUUAAAGGCGUGCACUACCACUGUCUGGCUUCUUUCUUUUCUUCUUCUCUUCUGUGUUUUCCUACUUUCUUUUCUCUUUUUUCUUUUUCUUUCUUUUGUGAGACGGUUUCUCUGUGUGGCCCUAGCUGUCCUGGAACUGGCUUUGUAGACCAGGCUGUCCUCUAACUUAGAGAUUCGCCUGCCUCUGUCUCCCUAUUUUCAUACAAAUUCAUAGCUGUUUUUAUGUAUCUGAGGAAAGCCCUAGUACUAUUUGUUAGUUUUUGAUUCAUAAGUGUUAAGUUAAUGGUGACCCGUCCCAUAAUUGAGAUAACCUCAGCAACAACUGAUGACCUCUCUGUGUCUGCAGCAGUGUGGGAAGCUCCGCUGCUGCUCUCUCACGGGCUCUGAGAGGAGCAGUCUGAAUCUGAGAGAGCUGACUGUCUGUUCAGUGGGAAGGCUGAGCUGCCACGUGCACUCCUCUGGUGAUGACUUUCUAUUCUCUCUUCAGAGAUGACGAAGAGAUUACUUGAACUUUGUGAUUUUGAAAAGAGGAUCAUCACAGUCUAGGCCCAUUGCCAGGGCUGGACAGGAAGGUCUGUGAAGCAGUUCAGGCCUAAGAGUUCUUUCUGAUUCUAGAGAAUGAUUGGCGUGUUCUCUCCUUGUUCUAAACCUUCAGCAUCUUGAGUAUUAAGUAAUAGCCAAGGGUGUGGUUGUUUUUGAAACAUCAAGGUUGUUCUGUGCCCAACAUUGCCAGGAAAUCUGCUGGGAAGGAGACCCUGUCCCUUCGUUUGCCCUGCCUUCUGCAGUUGGUGAGGAAGGGGGUGUGAAAUGAUAGACUUGGGGCAUCUGUUGAGGAAUCCACACCCUCCCCACCCCAGCAAAAAUAAAAGCUGAUGUCAGUCAAUGUUUGAAAUUCUUGCUACAGAGAGGUACUGUGCUCCCAUGUUACCUGCUUUCCAGGUAAGAGGAUGCGGGGCUGGCUCCGUGCAGGUGAGAGUUCUGUUUUUCGAAUGUCCAAAUACUUUUUAGAAAACUAUCUGCUUCUGUCUUAACUCCAAUAAAAACUGAGGCUGUUUUCUGUA